GUUUACAUGUAGACGGUGUCGAUGUAAACAUUUCCGGGAUGGUGUACGCCUUCAUAAUUCACACGCUAUUUCCUGGCCCAUGUAAAGUCCUUUUUAAUCAGAUUUACGGAUCUGAUGAUAUAUCAGGAAAUGAUGGUGACCAACCGGUAGAGGAAGUUAAAAAAAAACGACAGCAAAGAAAGAAACAAAUACAAUUUGUUGCAUCUCAGGUUCACUCAGAAAAUUUGUUUAGACGUUCGGUGACGGGCAGGACUCUCGAGGAAGACAUACAAGCAAUCAGCCAGGAAGAUCAACUACCGGAAUUUGAACUUGGAUUUUUCAGAUUAAAGAAAAGUCAACUGUUCGUAGACGACAAAGUUGUCGUCUGGUUUGGUGCUGGAAAUACCGGGUUCACAUUAAUAUUACAUAAGGAAGAGAACAGAGUCUUGGCAGAAAAUGUUUUAAAACUAUUAAUAAAGUAUUUUCAAGAAUAUUUAAGAGUUUUAAAUCAACCGGCGGAAGCGGCAUUAAAAGCGGACAGGGUGUGCUUGAUUCUUCAUAAAUUUCUUCCAGAUGGCUCACUUAUUUUCAUGAAUCACAGAGUUGUACGAGCAAUUGAAAGAGAACUCGAAAUUGUGGUGAAAAGCUGAUCUCUGAGUGCAAGAAGUAAAAAUCGACAUCUUUAAAGGAUGACAGUGUGCACCGAUCAGUCUUACUGUCAGAGAUAAGUCUUUUAUUGACACAAAAGAUAAGCCGCAUUUAAUUUAAAAGUUUUGGUAUUCUAUGUGUGACCAUGAUCUAGAAUUAAUGCUCGUUUGGUGAGAAAACUUUAAAUUGUCCAAAUAAAAAGAAAAAACUGUCGAGAGUUUUCCACUAAUGGAAUGAGUAUUUGGUAAUAGAUUUUUCAUUUCGGUAUGAAUUACAUUUGGUGUAUUUAAUGUGUGUAACGCUAAGAGAUCCCCAUGUUUGCUUCAAACAGAAACAAAUGUUUUUCCAUGUUACAGUCAUUCAUUUAUUUGCAGUUAGUUUUUUUUGAUGAUAUAAUGUUUCCAAUGUUUCGAAUUUGUGGACAUAAUCUUUCACUAUUACAACAGCGAACAUUUCGGCUAAAGGCAUGUCCGAAUACAUGGUCUCCGCCUGGAAACUUUAUAAAUGAAGGUACAAUACGAGCUUUGUGACCUUGAAAAAUGCUCCAUCUUCGAGGGCACACGAGCGACGCGACCUUGGAAAUGCUUCGCCUUCAAGGGCAAUGCGAUUCAUCAGGAAUUGAAAAACGAACGUACGAGGAUUUAUUGAAUGAAAUGCACUAUGCAUAUCGGUUUGAUAUUUAACUGCAUUGUCAAUGAUAUACAGUGACUAGACAUUUUAUCAUUUCACGCAUGCGGCAUGGUUGUCAUAUAUUGACACUAGUUGUUUAAAUACUUCAAACUCAUAUCCGUACCACCGUAAUUAUCUGUAUUUAAAUAACUUGUCAUCAUUAUUUAUUUGUUUAAUCACCGUUAAUGGGAUUGUGCUAUAAACUUUUAAGCGCCUUUUAAGAUUUAUCAAUGUUUUCAUUUUUCAAUGAGUUUGAUUUAUGUAAAAUAUGCCGUUGAUAUUUGCGUGAGUUACUCUUUGUACUGCACUUGUAAGAUUUAGAAUUUGUACUGAACAUUAGCUGGAUUUUGAUUGUUGUUUUGUUCAAAAUGUUGAUACUUUGCGACAUAAUGUUAUUAAUAAAAAUAAAAAAGAUAUAUAUUUUAA